CAGUGGAGGGAGUGUUGCUGUUGCUCUCAAUACAACACACGAAUGCUCACGGCACGCAAACUGUCCGUGACAAACACGAGACAACACCCGAGGAGUCUGUCCACGCAUAAUCCAAGACUGUGACGUGUUGGGACGUGUUUUUUAUGUUGUUGUUAUAUGACAGCAGAAGAUUGAGCUCGAGGUGGCAUUUAUCAGAAAGUUCUGUUUAGUUCAGGAUGUCUUCUCGUAAAAAGGUUCUCCUGAAGGUCAUCAUUCUUGGGGAUACUGGUGUUGGAAAGACAUCGCUGAUGAACCAAUAUGUUAAUAAGAAAUUCAGCAAUCAGUAUAAAGCUACGAUCGGUGCGGACUUUCUUACCAAGGAGGUGAUGGCGGAUGACAGGCUGGUGACAAUGCAGAUUUGGGACACGGCAGGACAGGAGCGGUUUCAGUCUUUGGGCGUGGCGUUUUAUCGUGGUGCGGACUGUUGCGUGCUGGUGUAUGACGUGACAGCGCCAAACACCUUCAAAACCCUCGACAGCUGGAGGGAUGAGUUCCUCAUUCAGGCCAGUCCACGAGACCCAGAGAACUUCCCCUUUGUAGUGCUUGGUAACAAGAUCGAUUUGGAGAACAGACAGGUGACGACAAAGCGAGCACAAGCAUGGUGUCAGAGCAAAAAUGAUAUUCCUUAUUUUGAGACCAGUGCAAAGGAGGCUAUCAACGUGGACCAGGCUUUCCAGACCAUCGCUCGCAAUGCCCUCAAACAGGAGGCUGAGGUGGAGACGUACGACUUCCCGAGUCAAAUUAAACUGCGAGACGACAGACCUGUGUCCUCCAGCGAUGGCUGCAGCUGUUGAAACCAUACGUGGAGAACGAGAGGACCAGAGGUGAAGAGAGCGGGCGGGAUAGGCCAGCGUACAGGAUGGACCGAUCUCUCCGGUGCAAACAUCCUUCUUCAAACGUCUGUGUAAAGAACUGUUAGGAAUGUAAAGAAACUCCCUGCCCUAGCAUUAGUUUUAAUAUAUAACUACAUUUAUGGAUUUAUUUCUAUUUAGAGUAAUGAACUGUAAUAGUUAUUCUAUUAUUUACAGAUGAUUGCUUUUCUUUAUAUUGCUACUUGUUUUUUUUUUUAUAAUGUAUUCUCUCAUCUUCGUGUAUUACAGCCCAUUCAGACUUGACUUUUGCUUGCACGUCUGUCUGUCUGUUAUUUGGGUGCCUUUAAUUUUUUUUAAGUUGUAGAGAAAGUCGCUGUCACAUUUCCUUUGUUUGCCAAAUUUUGCUGCUUUAACCUUAAUGUGUUCUUUAACUAAUAAUAACAACUUGGCACACAGUACAAACAGCCGGUGCAAGCUCAACGAAAUAUAAAAAUCUACAAAAUAUCAAAAUAUUUAUCAACUGCCAUUCAGUUUGUGCCCGAGACGCCCUGAAUUAGCGUCACGUGUGGUACUCGUCGUUGGUAGAUGCUUUCAUGCGUUUGUGUCACAUGAAAGUUUUAAGGAGCUAAAGUGCAAUCAGUUUAGUUAAACUAGCAAUGCAACAAAUGUUGCUUUUCUGUUGAAUGAGUGAUUCCCCAGUUUGAAUGAAUGAAUGAAUGUAACAAAUUAACCUAAUUAAUCUAAUUCUUGUGUCUCGUGAAAACAUUUCUUGACCUCAUGCUUGAGUAUAUUUUACUUUUACCUCCAGAUAGUAGACACAUUUCUAAGGGGCUCAGUUUGAUAAAAUGAUGGGUUUGACGUGCUAAGUCAAAUAAAAUCUGAACGCACAAAUUGUCAGAUCAAAUGUGAAGGAAACCUGAAAUCACAAAGUGAGCCCCAACAAUCUUAAACUGUGUUUUUUUAACAUAUCUUUAUUUCUGUAAAUCAGUAUUGUAGAUCAAAAUGAAAACAUUAUUAUUGGUGAUGUCUCCCAAUAAAAACAAAUAAACAUCUGUUCCUAUUUUAUACAAAUUACACCUUUCCUGGUACAUUGUUAAAUCAUCUCUUGAUAUUGUUUUCUGAUCAAUGCUCAAUUAAUAAAUCUUUAUUCAAA